CACCCUUUGGCCAUAACAAACAAUUCCCACGUCCAUCUCUCUUUUUCCUUUUCAUUUAAGAUAUUGAAAUAGUUUGUAAUUUUGACUUGUGGACAAUAAAAUAAAUAAAUAACUAGAAAAAAGGAAAAAGGGGGAGAGAGAGAGAGAGAGAGAGAGAAUGGAAGAAGAGGGAGUAGGGUUAGUGUUAGCAAGAGCUACGGAGCUGAGAUUGAAAAUCAGCAAUUGCAUCCAAAAAGCCACCGCCAGCAAGCCUGUUUCUCCAAAACAACAAAGCCCACAAAAAGAAGAAGGGGAACAAACAGAUAAAAAAGGUAGCUUUAAUGGAGACGAAAUCCCUGAUUCUCAUCAAAGACUCAAUGAAGCAGUUGAAGAAGCAGAAGAAGAAGAGGAGGGAAAAGAAGAAGAAGAAGAAGAAGAAGAAGAUGGAGAAACUGAGAGGCUCUUGAACAUUCGAGAUGCCCUUGAAUCCCUUGAGGCCCAGCUCGUUGCUCUACAGAAUCUGCAACAUCAGCAACGGUAUGAAAAGGAAGUUGCCAUUGCUGAAAUUGAUUGUAGCCGGACAAUGCUCUUGGAGAAGCUCAAAGAAUAUCAAGGGAAGGACUUGGAAGUGAUUCUUGAGGCUUCUGCUUUUGUUAGUGAAACAGUGGAGAACAACAAUGAUCUCCUCCUUCCUCCAUAUCCAAGUCCCCCCCCACGAUCAUUGGUUUUGGAUAAUGGUUAUUUGUCACACUUACAGUCAACAUACAAGUCUUUGACAAAUGGGGUUUCCAUUGGUGACCAAACAAAUGAAGCAAAGAAGAACCUUAACAGAAACGAGGAGAGCAGAAAGCAAGACGUUUCUAAGAACUCAAGGAAAGGGUUGGGCUGCUUCAUAAGUUCAGCAGUGAAGACAGUGCUUCCCCUGGUUGGUGUAAUAUACAUAUUAAGCUUGUCCAAUUUUGUGCCAAACCUUGGGAAAGGUACUCCUCUCAAGUUCUUGGGCAUGCUUCAGCAACGUGCAACUGAAGAGAAGAAUUCCACCGUUCAAUGUCCACCUGGGAAAGUCCUGGUGAUGGAGGAUGGGGAAGCUAGAUGCAUGGUGAAAGAGAGGAUUGAAGUACCAUUUGAAUCAAUUGUUGCAAAGCCAGAUGUAAACUAUGGGUGCGGUUAAUUUGAUAUUACUCCCCAUUGUGUGUAUAACUUUACUUAUGUUGCUACAAGGUGUAAUGAAGCUUACUUCAGCGGCUGUUGGUUUUUGUGAUUUUCCCUAGUUCUAAAUGAGGUUAGGUUUAUGCUCUUGUAAAAUGGGAUAAAGAUGGGAUGUAAAAAUGCGAGAAAUCUGCAAUUCAGAAUUACAAUGUAUAUUUGCUUUUAUGAUCAAGGCUCGAUAUUGCUAAAAA